CCAACAGUUUGUGAAUAUCAACGUUCAAUCAAAAUGGCGGGGCACACUGCAGGGGAGCCGCUGGAAUGCUACAGUAUUCCUAUUGUCUUAGAAAAAGAACAAGAUAUUGAUCAGCAAGGCAAUCCAGUUCUAGAACCUGAUGGUAAACAAAGAUACAGAUGUGGUUUCAGAAUUGGUGGAGGUAUUGACCAGGACCCGUCUCAGAGCCCACAGGGUUAUCCGGACAAGGGUGUGUAUGUGACAUUCAUUCAUGACAACAGUCCUGCUUCAAGAUGCGGAUUACAGCUUCAUGAUAAAAUUCUUCAGGUGAAUGGCAAAGAUUUCACAGUGGUGACGCACAAACAGGCUGUUGAAAGCAUACGCAAGAAGCCGGUGCUGAAGAUGUUGGUGUACCGGAAGGGCGUGCCCCAGCUGCCAAAGUCGUCCAAUCAGAUGGGAGCGCACACCCAGUUCCAGGCCUACAACCAGCACGUUCCACAACAGCAGUACAAUGCACAGCAGCCCCAGUACCAUCAACAAUACUAAUUAUAUUUAUUUAGACUGACAGAAGGAGAUGGGUUAGGUUUUUUUUUUCUUUUAAAAACACAAGGGAACAAAUGAAUUUUCUUCGAGUUGGUUUGUGCACAUUCAAAACCCGUAAAUCUUUCUCACUUGUAGCUUUAUCUAUCCCUUCCAUCCCGUGGUCUCCAUGUCAUCUCUCUGCCCAUUUCCAUCUUCGCGUUUUAAAGCUCUUAUUCUGUUGGUUUAAAUUAGAACAACUCUGAUCAUUGUUUAGAAACAAAACAAAAGAUAGGCCUUUAGUGUAUAUAUAUAUAUAUAUAUAUAUAUAUAUAUAUAUAUACACACACACACAUGGUGAAUGAACAUUUCUGAUCAUGACAAAAAUUGUGCCUGUCAUGUUGUCCUCAGCUUCAGAUUUUGAGCCACAGGCAUUCAUUCUGUACAGCAGGAAAUCAAAAGGGAUAAGUUUCAAAACAACGAUGGGGAAUUUUAUGUAAGGAUUUCUUGAAUUAUAUAUAUAUGACAAAAUUGUAGCAGUUUGAGUCGGAAGCUCCAGAAAUAUUUAUCUCAGUACAAAGUGUUCUGUUUCUUUUCUCUUUUUUUUUUUCUUGACUUUCCUUUUACGGGGAGGCUCACAGUGAUCCGAGCCCAUUGACAUUUUCUUGGAUUUUCUCGUAUUAGGGCCUGUUCUAUCUGUGGGAUCAGCUUAUAGUGUGGACUCUUACUGCUGCUGUUCUGUUUUUAUUUGAGUAUAUUUGUUAAAAAUCAUCUGUUUCAGUGUUUUGAACUCAUCUGGUCAACCCCUUCAACACAGUGCUAUUUUUAAAAUAUAUUCUUUUAUUUUUCAAAAUGAAUAUAACUUUUAUGUUUAUAUCGUCAAAAAUCAUUGCGAUUAUUUACAUCUCAAAGUAUACAUAUAGAUUUUUAUUUGAAGAUUGCUUGUUUAUGACUGGAGCCAGAGGACUACACAAUGUUGUGAAGUUUUAUCAAUCACAGUUUAUACAGCCCUUUUAAAAUAUUUUUUCUCUAACUGUGUGCCAGUGAAAUUCUUGAAUGAUGUGUUUUUGGUGUGUGAAUAUAUUUUUUCAUUCUGUUCUUAAUCUUUCUAAUCUUUCAUUUUUAUGUGCAGUAUGAAUUUUGAGUGUAGAAAAUUAACAAAUUAAUGUAAGCUUUGAGCAAGGCAUUUACUGUCAGUGUUGGUAGAGCAGAGAACAUUUUUGCCUUUGGAGACUAUAAGUACUGGGGCAUUAGAAGGUUUUCUGGUCAUUUGUAAAGGCGUUUAGUACAGAAUGUAUAGUGAGUGUUUUAACAAACAAAUUUAUGGUUAGGACAAGAUCUGUUACUUUGCAUAGCUUGUUGCGUUUCCUAUAUUAAGAUUCUGCAUAUAAAUUCUAUUAUAAGUGUAUGUGGAGAAUCCAUGGUUGUGUGACACGCGAGUGUAGUAUUGGAAACUGGGGAAACUGCUUUUUCAGCUCAUUCGUGUACUCUACGUCUUCCUGAAGAAAUAGGGUUGCCAUUUUGAUGAUAGUGUCAGACAGUAUUUAUUUAGAUGUCUGCCUAGAAUAGAAUGUGACCUGUUUAUUAUUUUUUCACCAACAAAGAGAUGCUGACAGAUGAGGGUAUUUGUGUCAGGAACUACAUUAAGGGAAUCUGGUGUGUUCUAUUCUAACCUGAUUUUUGGUGAGAGAUAACAAGACGUAGGAGCUUCCAUGCUGUAAAUAUGAUUAUUUAUCUUUUAUAUCAGUUUUUUGUAGCUGGAAAUUUCAUAGACCAGUAUAUGGACAUUAACUUUAUGGCCUGGAACUCCCCUCUUAGUUGAACAAAAAACUUCUGUUGUGCAGCAUUAAAUGAUGAUAGUCAGCCCAAUUACUUCUUUUAUCAGCGAUACCCGUCUGUAUGCUUGUGAUGGUUAGUCUUGUCAUCUUUUUAUUUAGAACAGUCUCCUCUCAUAGAGCAAGGAGCCUGUGGUUGUUCCUUGCUUUAUUGUAAUAUAUAUACAAGGUGGAAGAUUUGCACUCUUGUUUCCCAGUUGUCUUUAUCUAAGUGUGGUUCAGUGUACUUUCAUACAGAUCAUGCUUCAAGCUUUACAAGUUUAAAAUUUUUGUAUUUUUGGGUUGUUUUUUUUUACUUUCAUAAGAUUGAGUAAUCAUUAAGCCAGUGGCGUUGUGUUACAGGAAAAGUGAUAUAUUUGUGGAAGCGCUAUUUUUGGCGGAGAUCUGACUCUAUUUACUUUUAUAUAUUGUCAAGAUUCAAUUCUGUUUAUCAAUUAGUUUACCUAAAAUUUAAGCUUUGUGUCCCUUUGGUCUUGUCCGCUGUCUUUGUCUCCCUUCCCCCCUUCUAGUUUGUCUUUAUUAGUAAGAGCAGCAUGUGUUAGUUAGCCUCUUUGAAAAAAGUAGAGAAUUGUCUACUUUUAAAACUUUGAUUUCUUCAAAUAUUCAAGUUUGUGUGUUCCUAGUACACAAUUUAUAAUUGUCUAUUUUCAUGAUUGAAGAGUGUUCUGCACAAAGAUGUCAGCAUCAGACUUUGCUGUUUUCUACAUAUCUCCCCAAGGUUCGCUGUGGUUAUUGUUGCUGCUCAACAUUUUUGUCGAAUCGGAGCAUUGCACUAUUUCAAGGUUCGACACCAUCCAUUGUUGUGUGUUAAAUGUGGUUUUUGUAGUUGUAAAUCAUCAUAAGCUAUUCGGGACUGAUAGUUUUCUCAUUGUUAUGGAGUGUUGACAUGUAGUGCCGGUUUUUGUGAGUGUGAUAGUUUCAUGCUAUCUAUGAUGCACGGGGGUCAAGUUUUUGAAAGAGUGAAGGAUUGGGCAGAAUGUUUGCUUUGUUGUUGUCAAGGUGCUAGAUGUUCUGCUCCCUAUUUUACACGCUCCUCAACAGAGGAGUGUUAUAAAUACUUCUGAUUUUUUAAAAUGUAAACUGGAAAGGGUGGGUUGGAGGGAGGGGGUUAUCUUGUUCUGUAGUCUUAGAUUGUUCUUUUCUUAAUUUUAAUUCAAUUGUGUUAUAAUGACUUUGACAGCAAUGUUGUGAACGGUGAUUUUGAAAACUCCUUUUUUUUGUAUUAAUAAUGUUUUUAAUAUUUUCGUUACGUUUUUAAAAAUUGAAUUAGGUUUAUAUUAAUGCCAUGUGCUAUUAAGCGCCUGUCGCUUCGAUGUUGUUAGCUUUGAUCGUGUAUUGUUGUCUUUCUUGAAUGUGUUUACUUUUGCUCUCCAUGCACAGGUGGUUGGAGGGUGCCACUGGUAGGUCUUUCUUUCUUUCCCUCUGUGUUUCUGUCUGUCUUGCUUCUUCCCUGCACUAUAUGACAGUUAUUGUGUUGGUGUGCUUCUCUUUACUCAGACUCAAAAACUCAUGCUCUUUGGGUGAGUGCUGUAUUGCUCAUUCUCUCCAUGCUAACAUGCUGUUUUCUGCGGGCUGUUAAUAGCUGCUGUGGCACUGUGUGCAGCUUGGUCAGUGGAGUUCAUUUACAAGUCUCUGGUGAAAUGUGUUCCUGCCUUAACUGACACUAGGGUUGUGGUCCUUUUUUUUUCAGUAUUUGUGCUUAGAAAUUUAUUUAAGUCUGGAUGAUGUGUGCUUGUCAAAAUUAGAAAUGAAUUCCUCUCCAUGUGAAUUUUGUUCUGGCUGCACUUAGAAAAGUGGCUCUAUUGUUCGCCGGAAAGGUCAUCAGUUAAUUUGAUUACAUGCAAGAAAGGUCCAAGGCAGGACUGAAAUUUCACUUGAUAGUUGUGUAUCUGAGAAUAGAGAGAUGGGGAAGGGGGGGGGGGUUUAUUAAAGAGUGAAUAGGAAGGGGUGUCAGAUGGGGGGUGGAAACUCCAUAACGUGGUAAAACCAGACUGCUGUGAGCUUCGAUAAAUGAGAUAUCCGAUAUGUCACGUCUGCCAACUGCCUAGGAAGAAGGCCAGGGAUAAGAGUAGCAAAAUAAGUCUCAGUGCAGCGGGAUAGUUUAUGGAGCUACUUAUGUUAAAACUCUAUGAGAACGUUUUGUAGUGGACUUCAGGUGCAGAGAAUUUUUUAAAAAUAUUAUAACAACUGUCUACACCAAUUUCCCUCUGAGCUGACUGUUGUGUAGGCCCUACUUCUUUCAGUGUUCCCAAGAUAGAUGGUCUGAGUCUGUUUUGAGGGAAGUAUAGUCAUUGUCAUGGCGAUUGGCCCUGUUUAGGUAUAAGAGUAUAAGGCCACUUUUUGUUUUCUAAAUGUGCUUCCAGGAAGAUGUACACGGAAUUAUGUGAAUGGUAUUACAUAUCGUUGGUUCAAACUGAUCUGAUAUCGCUGAUUUGCUUUUCUGGUUUGAACUUGAGGUUAAUGCUAUACAAUAUAAUAAGACUCCUGUGUACACCAUUGUUUUUGUUUAUAUAUUUUUUGGCCCUUACUUGGCUUGAGUGAGAGUGCUAGUGCUCAAAUUAAAUUACCAGCUGGUCAAGUUAUAAAGGAAUCAGUUUUUUAAAAUAUUUUGAUAAAAAACACACUUUAUGAAGCGUGUAAAGUUUCGUCUUUAUAUUUCUAUACACUAACUGCAUUUUGUCCAUUUGGAAUUUUGAGAGGUAUUGUAACAGCAUCUUUGUCCACCCAUUUCCAAUCUAUUUGUCUCUGAUUGUAUUCUUUGGUUCUCCUCCUGCUCUUCCUAGGUUAUUUUCUGCAGUUUUCUUCCUCUCAUGACAAUGUAAGUCAGUGGUGGUGAUGUAACCUGCCUUUCAGCACAUACAGUUUUUCUUCAGCUCAGUGGAUUGUAGUCGCUUCCCUUCCUUCUUAGACUAGUGCGAACAUAUUCUUUAGUUUAUCAUGUGUAUUGUGUUCUGUAGUCCUUGUCAAUAAUUUCUGUACAUUUCUGAGUAAUAUGUAUUUUAUUGCUGCUAGACACUGUGUGCACUUAUGUUUUGCAAUUACAUUUAUAAAAAAAAUUUUGGGUUUCCAGUGCCAUGAGACUGUCCUGUCUACUUCUAAGUUCAUUUUGUCAAAAUGUUCUUUGUAUGUUGGUUUGAUUUAUUGGUUUGUUACCAAGUCAAUGUUCAUUGUACUUGUGAAGUUAUUGUAGCUGCGGAGGAGAUAACUCAUUUAUUUUGUAGGGGUUUUUUUGGCGGUUUUUUUUUGGUUUUGUUUUAUCCAACAGGUGAUUUUAGGUUGUGCUGCUGUGGAAAGUUUUGUCUUUUUUUUUUUUUAAGAAGAAUUAAUGAAUUUGCAUGUUUAUUUGGAUUCAAAGUUUGGGGGGGGGGGGAUAUAAUUGGUCUUAGUGAGACUGGUAAGAGUUUGAUUUUCUUUCAGACUACUGUCAUGCACACUUGCUCACAUUUAAAAUUUGUUUACACAACAGGCCCACACUGACACUACCUUGCCAUACCAAGUGUUACAUUGGUUCAACUUUUAUGUUGUUGAUGUUUCAUUUUUCUGUGAGUAAUCUUAUAUAUGUGAAUCCAAGGUGCUAGUGUUCUAUUAUUGAAUGCUAUGUUCUGUUUAAAGAGAUUUUUUAAACUUGAAAACUGUUUUGUGUGACUGAGUGUAUGCGCACACCAAUGUGUAAUGUUGUUCUCAUGCAUAAUGUUUGUUACCCAUCUCAGUGUGAUCAACAUGACAUUAAAUGUUUCCCCCUCCACCUCCACCUCCACCACCACCACCACCCCUGUUCCCCUGAUGAUUUUGCGCAGUGAAAAAAAAAGUGUUGUGCUUUUUGGAAGAGCCAGAUUCUUAUAAGAAGAUAUAUAUCAAUGAACAAGUAUUUGCUACGCCCACUUAGUCAUUGACUUGACACGUGAAGCAGGCUUUGUGUAGAGUGUAUACAUUGUAAAUUUACCAAUAAAUCUCUUGAUUUUACAACUACUAAA